CAACUUCCUCGUUUCACAGGAACUUCAGCUGAUUCAUGUAUGUGCGGAGGCAGAGCAGCGUCAUGUGUACAAGUGGUUACUUAUAGGCUGAGCAGUGAGCGUGUUACAAGCUCCCAGGUGUGAAAGAGACAGAAAAGAUGGACAACAUAGAUGACGUGUUCACUCACCUGCUCGGAGAGAUCGACCAUCUCUCUCAGAGUUUAACGCCUGCGGCGGACACGGCGGACGUGGUGCUCCCCUCACAGAGAGAGAGCACCUUCUCCAUCGGCUUCACGGACCUGAACGAGUCUCUUAAUGAACUGGAGGACAACGACCUGGAUGCACUGGUGGCUGACCUCAGAUCAAAAUCGACCCAGAACCAGAGCAGUGGCACAGAAAAUCAAACUGCGCCAUCAGCCGUGACUCAGGAGCCGGGGCCAGCGCAGAUUCCUCCACCGCCAAAUGCUGUUGAAUCCUCUGGAGUGCUGCAGACGUGCAAAUCCCAGACAAAGGCCGACAAAAUCAAACUGGCUCUUGAGAAGCUGAAAGAAGCCAAAGUGAGGAAGUUAAUAGUAAAGGUGCUGAUGAGCGACGGCAGCUCCAAGACGCUGAUGGUGGACGAGAGACAGACGGUCCGAGAGGUUUUGGACAACCUGUUUGAGAAGACGCACUGUGACUGCAGCAUCGGCUGGAGCCUGUGCGAGACAAACCCCGAGCUGCAGAUUGAAAGAGCCUUCGAGGACCACGAGCAUUUAGUGGAGCCUCUGUCUGUGUGGACUCGCCACAGCGAAAACAAAAUCUAUUUUGUGCUAAGACCUCAGAAGUACGUGAUGUUCACAGACCCUCAGCUAUUUUACAUGUGGAAGAAGAAGACGGCGUCUUGUAACAUGAUUAACGAGCAAGCCAAACAACUCUUACUCAAGGAAAACUUUGGAGGGUCUGCUCUGAUCGUUCCUGAUCUUGAGGGCUCACUGUACCUGAAAGAAGAUGGAAAAAAGGUUUGGAAACCUCGCUACUUCGUGCUCAGGGCCUCCGGCAUCUACUAUGUACCCAAAGGAAAGACAAAGUCUACAACUGAUCUCGCCUGCUUUGUCCGUUUUGAAAAAGUCAACAUCUACAGCACCACUAACUACAAACAGAAAUACAGAGCUCCCACCAACUUCUGCUUCGUGCUGAAGCAUCCCUGCAUCCAGAAAGAGUCGCACUACAUCAAGUUCCUGUGCUGUGACGAUGAACACACACUGUCCCUUUGGGCCAACUCCAUCAGAAUAGCCAAGUAUGGGACUGCCCUGUAUAAGAACUACCAGGAUGCAAUGAAGAGAGCCUCCAGUGUGCAAACUCUCCGCUGUAACACACACAACAACCUACCCACCAAUUGUGUUGAAGACUAUCCACACCAGCCACCACCCGACUUCAUCCCUCCUCCUCCUCCUGGACACGCACAAGCCUGAGCCACAUUCUCUGCAUCAGGUUUCACUUAAGCCACACUAGACUUUUGCCAGUUGAGCUUCCACUUCGCACACGUCCGGACAAAUGUGUGACCUGGAGCCAAUGAUGUGGUGCCCAAGUAAUGCACACAUGUAGCAGAGGUAUACCGGUGAUGCACAAGAUCAUUUUAGAGGCUUUUAUCUAUUUUCAGAUGUCUAAUAUUUCUUUGCAAAUAGCUGCAACUUUCAAAUUUUUACACCUGUUCCAACAGCCUUACAACACACACGCACACACACACACACACACACACACACACAUCUGUUCACUGUUUCAAUGAGCUGUUUAUUACAAAAAGACUGUACAUAAAUUUCAAUGAACACAUCAUAUGUACAAACUGAGAGGAGAAGACAAAUAUUGGAUUCUGUUCCCAUGAACAUUUAAGUUACUGAACCCCCCCCUCCCACUUUAUCAUUAAGAAAACACACAUCAAAGAAAGGCGCCUUGACCUGUGAUGCCCUGAAAUGCUAGACGUUACGUGGUAAACAUUACAAAGUUCUGCACGUCAGUGGUUGUCACAUGAUUUCUCUAUGAAAAAAGUAUAAAUUAAUCCUUUACAUACAAACUGCUAGCAAACCUUCCUCAGCAGUCUCCGACACAAAGACAUGUUGAAUGCAAAGCUAGAAAUACAUUAGGUAGAAAAAGUUGUUUUCUCACAAAAAAAAUGACCUCAUGAUGGAAAAAAUACAAUCAAGAAUGGGAUGUAGUGGCAAAUCAUUCACUGUAAUGACGUUCAGAUACUUUCAUGCACAGAGGCUGGAUGAAACAUCGCGAGUCGCCGUCUUUUUGAGUCUGUGUGGAGGGCUGAAAACGUCGGAUCGCGUUGCCCUCAUAACAUCAGGAAGUCUGUAUCCAUUUCAAAAUAAAAGCUCAUGUUCAA